AUGCUGGACUCUUUUGAGGUCAUAACUACGUCCGGCGUAGUCCUCUGGUCAAAAACAUACGCUCCAGUUGGAACUCACAUCAUCAACGCUCUAAUCAAAGAUGUCUUUAUCGAAGAGAGGACUGGGAUUGACCGCGCUGCUCGAAAGUAUAACAAGGAGCAAUAUACAUUGAGAUGGACGGAGGCAAAGGGAUUCGGACUUAUCUUCGUUGCAGUUUAUCAGUCUCUCCUCCAUCUGACCUGGAUCGACGAGCUACUAGAAAAUAUAAAGACUAUAUUCUUGGGGCUAUACAAGGAGCAGCUCAAAGGGUCACGAUUCAGGGUCGCCAAUUACCCGUUUGACAAAUACUUCGAGCAACAGCUAAGGGAGCUUGACCAGACCACGGAGCUUCCGGCCGAAGACAAACGUCAGCUUGGGGCAGAGAGUAAAAGAGAUGUGCUUACACAGGCGGACACAGGAGGGCCACCACCACCACCUGUCCCGGGGCUUCUUACGGUGCAGCGUCAAGCUGCGCCAGCGGCGGAGGUGCUUAGUGACAGCACUCCGUCUCAAACCCCGGAAACAUCCCGACCCGCCACUCCAAGCUCCCAGGUCAUCACUGCAAAAGCUGGGCCAGGAGGCCGCAUUUCUCGUCGUGCUCGUAAAGCCGCGAACGCCAACUCCAACAAUACUUCUGGCGCUGAGGAUAAGGCAAAGAAGUCAACUAAUGGCAAAUCUGGAGCAAAGAAGAUGAGAAAGUGGGGACCAGAUGGCAUCGCGGACGAGGAAAGCGAUGAAAUACUGGAUUAUUCAGCAAAUGAUACUGGAGCUGGUACCACUGAAGACUUACCAGCGCCCUCAGUUGAUGCCAUCGACAGCGAGUCUUUUGGAAGAAAGACCCAGAGGGGCCAAUUUGUUCUUAAGGAUCUUGGUGAUGAGAUUCAUUCCAUUCUUCAGGAUGCAGACGAGGAGAAGGCCAAAGCCAAUGGAUCCUCUACUAGUGUCGUCAACUCUAGCAUAGGCGCGAUCAGCAGCUUGUUCCGCAACGUGGUUGGUGGGAAAGUGUUGACCGAAGCUGACCUAGUGAAACCCCUGAAAGCAAUGGAAGAUCACCUGUUGAAGAAGAAUGUCGCCUGUGAGGCUGCAGUUCGCCUUUGUGAAGGUGUCCAAAAGGAGCUGGUAGGUAAGAAGACGGCCAGUUUCCAAAGCAUUGACUCUGCUCUUCGCGCAGGAAUGGAAUCAUCACUUCGCAAAAUACUUACUCCCACUACCUCACUUGAUUUACUCCGUGAAAUCGAAGUAGUCACAUCACCCAUGAAUCAGCAACAGCCCAGACGACCCUACGUGAUCUCGGUUGUGGGAGUCAACGGCGUCGGAAAAUCCACAAACCUGAGCAAACUAUGCUUCUUUCUUCUACAGAAUAAAUAUAAAGUCCUGAUCGCAGCCUGCGACACUUUUCGUUCUGGUGCAGUCGAACAGCUUCGUGUUCACGCGCGGAAUCUUAAGGAGCUCAGUGCAAGAGAAAAUGCUGGCCAUGUCGAACUCUAUGAAAAGGGAUAUGGCAAAGACGCGGCUAAUGUCGCUAAGGAUGCUGUCGCCUACGCCGCCUCAAACGACUUUGAGGUCGUUCUAAUUGACACCGCUGGCCGUCGACACAAUGAUCAGCGACUAAUGUCCUCCUUGGAAAAGUUUGCCAAAUUCGCUAACCCUGAUAAGAUUCUCAUGGUUGGAGAAGCUCUGGUUGGUACCGAUAGCGUCAUGCAAGCCCGGAAUUUUAACCAGGCCUUUGGCCCUGGUAGAGGCCUUGAUGGAUUCAUCAUUAGUAAGUGUGAUACCGUAGGAGAUAUGGUUGGCACGCUUGUCAGUAUGGUCCAUGCCACCGGUAUACCUAUUGUCUUUCUUGGUGUUGGACAGCAUUAUGGCGACUUGAGAGGACUCAGUGUUCCUUGGGCCGUUGGACUCCUUAUGAAGUAA